AUGUAUGUUCGAAAAGUUUUAUUAAGAAAAUUUCUUCGCCAUGAAUUUGACAUUUUCAUAAAUUGCUUUUUACAACAAUCAAGAAAUUUAGUUAUACCUAAAUGUCAACAUUUACGUGCAUAUUCAUUAUCAAGUAGUGUACUCACACGAUCAAGCAAUAAUUCGUAUACAAUUCGUGGUAUGGGACAGAGUUCGAAAGGUGGAAAUGAUGGUUCAGGCAAGAUUCCAUUUCUUUGCCCAAAAUGUGGUGAUAUUUGUACACAUAUUGAAAGUCUUGUCUCUUCAACAAGAUUUGUAAAAUGUGAAAAAUGCAGUCAUUUUUUUGUUGUUUUAUCUGAAAAUGAAGGAACAAAAAAAAUUAAAGAAGAUAAAACCAAGAAACGACCACCAUUACCAACACCAAAAAAGAUUUAUGAAUUUCUUAAUAAAUAUGUUGUUGGUCAAGAAAAUGCAAAAAAAGUCAUGUCAGUUGCCGUUUAUAAUCAUUACAAACGUUUGUAUAAUAAUUUACCAUCUGCAAAUACUACGAAAUCUCAACGAAAUGUAUCUGAACCUACUAAUGGUCUUAGUACAAAUUUAUCAAAUCAACAACGUUUUCUUUUUCAUAUUGGUAUACCGUUUCAUACCGUCCCAUUUGAUGGUUCAAAUACUAACUCGUCAUUCAAUUCAAAUAAUAAUGAAGAAUCAAAACAUGGAAGUUAUGUUAUAAAUAAUGAUAAAUACGAUAUUAAACUUGAAAAAAGUAAUAUUCUUAUGCUUGGUCCAACUGGUUCAGGUAAAACACUACUUGCACAAACAAUUGCAAAAUGUCUUGAUGUACCAUUUGCUAUUUGUGAUUGUACAACACUUACACAAGCAGGUUAUGUUGGAGAAGAUGUCGAAUCUGUUAUUUCUAAAUUACUUCAAGAUGCUAAUUAUAAUGUUGAACGAUGUCAACAAGGUAUUGUAUUUUUGGAUGAAGUCGAUAAAAUUGGUAGCGUACCAGGUAUUCAUCAACUUCGUGAUGUCGGUGGUGAAGGUGUACAACAAGCUUUAUUAAAAAUGCUUGAAGGUACUAUAGUUAAUGUACCGGAAAAAAAUUCAAAAAAAAUGCGCAGUGAAACAGUACAAAUUGAUACAACAAAUAUAUUAUUUGUUGCAUCAGGUGCAUAUACAGGUCUAGAUAAAAUCAUAAGUCGACGAAAAAAAGAAAAAUAUCUUGGUUUUGGUACAACAUCAAAUGAAGCACCAUCACGUCGUCGUGCAACACAAUUAGAUUUAUUUGAACAAAAUGAUGAUAAUGAUGCUAGAAUUGAAGAAGAAAAUUUAGAACGUGAUAAAUAUUUACAAGAAUGUGAAUCUCGAGAUUUAAUUGAAUUUGGAAUGAUUCCUGAAUUUAUCGGCAGAUUACCAAUAAUAGUCCCAUUUCAUAGUUUAAAUGAAGAUAUGCUUGUACGAAUAUUAACUGAACCUCGCAAUGCUUAUAUACCACAAUAUCAAGCUUUGUUUAAAAUGGAUAAGGUACAAUUAGAUUUUACCGAUGGUGCUCUCCGCUCAAUAGCUAAAAAAGCUUUACACCGAAAAACUGGUGCUCGUGGUCUUCGAUCAAUACUGGAACGCAUUUUACUCGAACCGAUGUUUGAUGUUCCCGAAUCUGAUAUUGUGGGUGUUCGAGUUGAUGAAGAAGCUGUUAAAGCAAAUAAAUUUCCUGAGUAUAUUCGUUCACGUUCAACAACAUCUACUGAUGGUCUUCAUGAAAGCUUAUCAACAUCAGAUGAAAAUAAAAAUACAAACGAUAAUGAUAAUAAAAUUUCCAUGCCAACCGGUUAA